GAUAAGAAACUAUGAAAAUGCUGUUGACCACUUGCAUCGUCUGGGGUGGAUCUGUGCAAGGUCUAUCCUAUACGGCUCAUUUACCAAUUCCAGUCUUUCAUUUCUUCGGGGUGCUCUUGUUAGAUUUUGGUGAUUGCACGAGAGGGGUUGAACCAGUCAGCAUGAAAACGCACUUUGGACAAAAGGAAACCGCUGAUACAUCGCAGAAAAGGAGAGUGAUUACUAUGGUCUAUAACGUGCUGAAUUGUUCAUACGCGAUGGAGGACCAGGUCCCAACUUGGAGCUUCAUUGACUCCCAUCUUGACUUAUCAAACCUCGUAUCAUACAGUUAUCAUCAAACCCCUCCCGUGUAAAUAUAAUAUCCGAGUAACAAGGUCCGUAGGUAUUCUAUGAAAGAGUCGGUGCAGACUCUGGUACAGGUUCUGGUUUCCGGUUCUGGUGGUGGAGGUAUCACGUCAACUAGGAAUCCAGGCAAAAAGCGCUCCAUUCUCUCGGACGUAGGCUGUCCACAGUGUCCGUUGUUGUUGACUGCGUUGAUCGUUUAACGAUGGUGGGACGAGGAUCUGGGCAGCAUUCAUCACGAGGAUGACAUUUUUCAACGAUUCAGGGAUAGCUUCGUAUAGCUGGUCUUUUUUGUCGAUAUUCAUCAGUC